AUGGAGGAGAUUGUUUUGGAAGCAAAAGAUGCAGUUGAUUGGUCAUAUAGAGGCGAAGGAGCUGCUAAUUUGGUUCUUUCAUACACUGGAUCCUCUCCCACUUUCUUGGGAAAGGUGAUGAGGAUAAUGAAAUGGCCAAAGAAUGGGAAUGAAAAUGGAGACACAAAUGGAAAUGGUCUUACGACUCACGAGAAGCUUAUUUGGGGAGAGAAUAAGGAUCUUGUAUCUUGCCAAAACAAGGAGAUUGUGGAGUAUUUGUAUGUCAAACAUGUCAUGAGACCUUUGUUAGGUCACAAACAUGUUAAUGCUGGAAUUCGUCUUCUUGUAUCAAAGGAGUUUCUUGAGUCUGCUACGAAAAUAGUGUCAUCUCAGCGUUUUCCUUGGCGAGCUAAUGCAGCCAAUGCGGAUACUAACCGCAGUUCCGUGCUUCUCAUGGAUGAUAUGACACUUUUCGACCAUGGUCAUGUUGAUGAUCAUAACCCAUGCUUAACUGUUGAAAUAAAGCCCAAAUGUGGAUUUCUACCAUCUUCAAGUUUCAUAGCGGAAGAAAAUGUUAUCAAGAAGAGUAUAACUCGGUUCGAAAUGCAACAAGUUCUGAAGCUUAGGGGAAACGAGAUAUCAGAAAUCAGUGAAUAUGAUCCCUUAGACCUUUUCUCUGGAUCCAAAGGUAGAAUACACAGAGCAAUAAAAGCGCUCUACGCGACUCCUCAGAACAAUUUCCAAGUGUUCUUGAAUGGUUCUCUUGUAUUUGGAGGCUUCCGUAGUGGCAUAUGCAAAACAACCUCAACGGUUGAAUUAGCUUUUGAGAAUAUACUCAAAGAUUUCAUCAAAACCGAAGAUGAGGGCGGUAUACGUGCAAAUAGUUUCAUAGAGCUUGUUGCGGAAACUGUUUACGCAUCUGGAGCUCUUGAUCAGCUUUUAAACGUUCAAAAGCUUGACAAAUAUAGCAUCGAGGGAGUGAUUCACGCGUACUAUGACUUAAUUGACCAGCCAUGUAAAGCAUGCCAAGAGUUGGAAAAUAGUAAAUUGUCGAAUCCAUUUGGUUCCAUGCAUGCAAUGCCACAGGAUGAGAAAGUGAAUAUUUUGAAGGGUUUUCUAAUAUCUUCCACUGCAGUUGAUUGUAGUGUAAUGGUAAGUUUUAGAUCAACAGAGACUGGGCUUUCAAGAUCCUCUUCCCCCCACGGUAAACUUUAUCUUGAAUCAACAAAGCAAGAAUUUGAGUACAAGGUACACUUCAUUGAUCUUGAUAUGAGACCUUUGAACAAAACUGAAGUGUAUUACGAAUCAGACAAGAAGAUCAUGAAAACGUACCUGGAGAUAGUGAAGACGAAAGGGGGUUAAUCUCGAUGCUUCUAGAACUACAAGCCAAGAAGCAUAUUUCAUAUCUCAUAGAGGGAUGUUUUCAAUGGUUGGA